UUAGGUGCUGGAAAGCCCCCUAUGUUUGGUGAUUAUGAAGCUCAGAGACACUGGCAAGAAAUUACUUUUAAUUUACCAAUCAAACAAUGUGUUAAUUGCUGAUUUGCUGAUUUACAUACCUGCAGUGGUUUUGUACUGCUGUUGUUUAAAAGAAAUGUCAACUAAGAAAAAGAUUGCUAAUGCAUUAUGCAUAUUGCUGUAUCCAGGCCUUAUUCUUAUCGACUAUGGACAUUUUCAAUAUAAUUCUGUGAGUCUUGGCUUUGCUUUGUGGGGUAUUCUUGGAGUAUCUUAUGACUGGGACCUGCUAGGGUCACUGGCAUUUUGUUUAGCUCUAAAUUAUAAACAGAUGGAACUUUACCACUCCUUGCCUUUUUUUUGCUUUUUACUUGGCAAGUGUUUUAAAAAAGGCCUCAAAGGAAAGGGGUUUGUAUUGUUAAUUAAGCUGGCUUGUACUGUUGUGGCUUCCUUCAUUCUCUGCUGGCUGCCAUUCCUUACAGAAAGGGAACAAGCCCUGCAAGUCCUAAGAAGACUCUUCCCAGUCAGUCGUGGAUUAUUUGAGGAUAAAGUAGCCAACGUUUGGUGCAGCUUCAGCGUCUUUCUGAAAAUCAAGGAUAUUUUGCCACACCACGUCCAGAUAAUAAUCAGCUUUUGUUUUACACUUUUGAACCUGCUUCCUGCAUGUAUAAAAUUAGUACUUCAGCCCUCUCCCAGAGCAUUCAGAUUUACUCUGGUAAUUACAAAAGCUGAAGUUAUAUUCUGUAAGAUUAAAAUAUUUUUUCUUUAUCAUUUUAGACCAGUCUGCUUAGUUUUAAAUGAAAUUCCUUUUAUGUCUACAUGGUUUUUACUUGUGUCAACAUUUAGUAUGCUGCCUCUUCUGUUGAAGGAUGAACUCCUAAUGCCCUCGGUUGUGACAAUGAUGGCAUUUUUUAUAGCCUGUGCAACUUCCUUUUCAAUAUUUGAAAAGACUUCGGAAGAACAGCUACAGUUGAAAUCCUUUUCCAUUUCUGUUAGGAAAUAUCUUCCACGUUUUACAUUUCUUCCCAGGAUUAUACAACAUUUGUUUUUUAUCUCGAUAAUUAUUAUGGUCCUUCUGACACUGGCAAUGGUCACACUGGAUCCUCCUCAGAAAUUACCGGACUUAUUUUCUGUUCUGGUGUGUUUUGUAUCCUGCUUAAGCUUCUUGUUCUUCUUGGUUUACUUUAAUAUAAUAAUCAUGUGGGAUUCCAAAAGUGGAAGAAGUCAGAAAAAAGUCAACUAGCUAUAUCCCCAAACGUGAAAAUGUUAACAGCGCUAAAAGGUUUUGUGAGUUUUUGCUAUGUAUAAAUAAAAUUA